AUGAAAACUCACUCAACCUGGGGACUCAUCGAAGCUCCAACGCCGAGCCAAAAUUUCGAUCGUGAAAAUCGAAGNNNNGCAUGUUUGAGGAAAUAUUGUGACAACGCAGCUUUGGAAAAGGUCUAUUAA